GGCGGCGGCUGGCUCUCGGAUGAGAAAGCACAGAGAGAGAUUGUUUGUCCGUGAUCACACAGCCAGGGAGUGUUGGAGCUAGAAAAACGACAAAAGAUUGGUGGAAUGAACUUUCCUUGUUGAAUGUCUCCUGGUUACCAGUUGGAUCUCACCUGUGAAGAACUAUUUUCCCAAUAGUGGACGCCACUCUGUGGCAUAUUUGAUUGCCGAUUCAGGGAUUGUAAAGCUUUCUGAUUUCCUGAAGAAGGGAGGCAGUUACUGCUGUGUCAGAAACUUGAUAUCACAGCCACAAUGGUGCUGUCACAGAGACAACGAGAUGAACUAAAUCGAGCUAUAGCAGAUUAUCUUCGUUCAAAUGGCUAUGAAGAGGCAUAUUCGGUUUUUAAAAAAGAAGCUGAAUUAGAUAUGAAUGAAGAGUUAGAUAAGAAAUAUGCUGGCCUUUUGGAAAAAAAAUGGACAUCAGUUAUCAGAUUACAAAAGAAGGUUAUGGAAUUAGAAUCAAAACUAAAUGAAGCAAAGGAAGAAUUUACAUCAGGUGGACCUCUUGGUCAGAAACGAGACCCAAAAGAAUGGAUUCCUCGACCUCCAGAAAAGUAUGCAUUGAGUGGACAUAGGAGUCCGGUUACCCGUGUCAUUUUCCAUCCAGUUUUCAGUGUUAUGGUCUCUGCUUCUGAGGAUGCUACAAUAAAGGUGUGGGAUUAUGAAACUGGAGAUUUUGAACGAACCCUUAAGGGACAUACAGACUCUGUACAGGAUAUUUCCUUUGACCACAGUGGCAAGCUUUUGGCUUCCUGUUCUGCUGAUAUGACCAUUAAACUAUGGGAUUUCCAGGGGUUUGAGUGCAUCAGAACCAUGCAUGGACAUGAUCACAAUGUCUCUUCAGUAGCCAUCAUGCCUAAUGGAGAUCAUAUAGUAUCUGCCUCCAGGGACAAAACUAUAAUAAUGUGGGAAGUGCAGGACUGGAGUGACUACUGUGUGAAGACUUUCACAGGACACAGAGAAUGGGUACGCAUGGUGCGACCAAAUCAGGAUGGCACCUUAAUUGCCAGCUGUUCUAAUGACCAGACAGUGCGUGUAUGGGUGGUAGCCACAAAGGAAUGCAAAGCUGAGCUCCGAGAACAUGAGCAUGUGGUCGAGUGCAUUUCCUGGGCUCCAGAAAGCUCUUAUUCUUCUAUCUCUGAAGCUACAGGAUCUGAGACUAAGAAAAGUAGCAAACCUGGGCCUAUCUUGCUGUCUGGAUCCAGAGACAAGACCAUUAAGAUGUGGGACGUUAUCACUGGCAUGUGCCUUAUGACCCUUGUGGGCCAUGAUAAUUGGGUACGCGGUGUUCUCUUCCAUUCUGGGGGAAAGUUUAUUUUGAGUUGUGCUGAUGACAAGACCCUACGUGUGUGGGACUAUAAGAACAAACGAUGCAUGAAGACCCUCAACGCGCAUGAACACUUUGUUACCUCCUUGGAUUUCCACAAGACGGCACCAUACGUGGUUACUGGAAGUGUAGAUCAAACAGUAAAAGUGUGGGAGUGCCGUUGAUUGAUUCACAUUUGAUGACUCCCCCUCCCUUUCCUGGAUGCACUCAGAUACCAUGGUUACCCCCAUUGAGCUCUGUUUAAAUAAAUAUUGUCCUUUCAUGUAAAUUAUUCUGGAUGUAGAUUGAGCUUAUUAAAUGUUACACACAAAGUAUUCAUGCAUGGUGAAUCCAAAUUGUAUACUGUAAAUUUACAUACGUUGUCUAGAAGUACCAUAGGGUUAAAAACCUGGGCUGGCAUUGGUCACACCAGGCCUAAGAAGGCAGAAGUUGGAUGAAUUGAACUAGGGCACUAAACUGAAGAGUUGAUGGUGUCAUUCUAUGUCGGGUUAUUAAUUCCUGUUUUUCUUUCUGCUGUCUGUUGGUGCCUGGGUUGGUGACCUCAUUUGGGGAGAAAAAAAAAUGGUUGUUGUUAGGGCUCUUUCAGAAAUGUGUAUCUAUGUAACAUCACUUAAGUGUGCUUAAUAAAUCUUCUCUAAGGAUGCUAGAUAAUAAGGCUGCAAUUCAAAAUCUUCUGAACCUUCUAUGUAAUUAGCGGGAAUGAAACCUUAGAAUUUUUGUCAUGACACUUUUGCCAAAACAAUAGGAUACAUUUGUUUUGGUAGCCGAUCAAGCAAAGGCUAGUGGUAUAUUUGUAUACGAAAAUGACUGUAAACCUCAAAUAAGAAGAAAAAUCUCAGCAGCUAAUAUGAUCAACCAUUUAUUUUAUUUGGUUCUUGAAUUUUUGUAAACAGGUUUUAAAAACAACACUGUAACACUUUAAGCUUCUCUUUUCCACACUUAGAUGUCUUUCCAGUUGUCCCCUAUGUCCUGUUAGAAAACAUUAGUGAUGUGAUUUCCAAGUAGAAUUUAAUCUUCCAUUGAGAAUAUGUCAUAGUACAGUUCACUUUUGAUGUUUUCUUAGGGAUGUGCAGUGCACACUACAUAAGGACAGAGAGCUAUUGGAAAGGUUUUUCCCCAUUUUGCAGGAAGUGGGAAGAUCAUGAGGGAUCAUCUUAACAUCUACUUGACACUGUUUCAUCUAGGGUCUUAAAAACAAAACAGGGUUUAACAGAGCUUGCAUUCAAACACUGUCUUGUCCUCUGCCAGAGAUGUAUCUAUAUCUAGAGCAUAAAGACAUGGCUGUCUGCUGUUCAUCUAUCACUCUACAUACAUGUGCCCUCCAUGUAUUACAUCUUGGUUCUUUGAAAUACUUAAGCACAUAGGUAGAAUAAGCUUUGUUUUGUUUGUCCUGGAGUGCCGUACUCUGGAAGAAACAGUUUUGAUCCAGAAACUUCUUAAGUAGACUCUGGCUCUAGAAAAUCUGUUUUUCCAGUAAAAGAAAAAUCCCAUCCAGCUGGAUAGAGAAGUUGAUUAUUCCUUAUGUGGCCAUCUCAGUGUAGAAAAUGUUUUAAUUGUAUAUCCUGGAAAGAUUACUCUUUUUGACCAAUAUAUUUAAGAGAAUUUUAAUCUGACUCUUUUUGUUUACAAAUUCUGUUACAGGUAGUAAUCCCCUGGCUUAGUUAACCAAGGAGGUUUCUUGGUAGUCCACUUGAAAACUUAGAAUAUAAUGAACUAACAGUCUGACAUUUUAAUUGAGAUAAAUUUCUUCUGUCUGCAUUUCAUUCAUUUGUGUAAUAUGUGGCUUUUAAGACUGCCCCGUUAGAAAAUAUUUAAUGCAAAACAUUGGGCUGCAGGCCACUGAAAGUGAUAAAGGAUGAGUUCAUUUCCAAUAGUCACAGAGAAUGGUCCAUAUAAUGACUAGAAGCAUUUGAGUCCAGCUUCUUUUCCUUUCUUUUUUCUUUUCUUUUUCCCUGAGAGAAGUCUCUGGGAGGGAAAUUGUUGAAAACUAAUUAGUGUGUUUUCAGGACAAAAAUGAAAAUUAGAGCUGAUUGCUUAAAUUUAGUGGAGAAUGACUUUCAGAACAAUACUGACUCAUACUAUUCUGGCUGAAAUGUAGGUGGUAUGGCUUUCUCCCCCUCAACUGUUCUGACUGGAGUUUUCUACAAAAGCUUUGAGAAAAAAUACUUGUUUUGAUUUGCUGCUAUUUUUCUCUCCUAUUUUGAGAAUGAGAAAUAACACAGAAAUGCAUCUUGACCUCUGUCUGUACAUCUUUAAAUGUAAACAAGCGUAGUUCUGUGUUUUAAUUCUUUAGAAUGUAGCGAUGGGAAUUAAGGGUAAGCCACAACAUGCAUGCCAUUCACGGAUUUGAAUGGUAAAGAAGGUACUGAUUUCUGAGGAAAUAAAUAAGCUGUGUCCAGUGGGUUUCUUUCUCUCCCUAUAGCAUAGCAUGACUUUCAUGGACAAAGGAAGAAGCAGCAAAUUAUAUACUUGGGAACAUGUAACACCCUUGCUAUUUAAAUCAUUUGUGACUGUGUCCCUUCUUCCAUUUGAAAGCAGCAAAUAUGAAUCUCAGGGAUGGUCCCAAACUGGAUCAAAAUGUCAUAAGCCCUGUUUGAAUAAUAACGCAGAGGGGGGAAGAAGAUCCCAUCCACAAUCCCAGAGUCAGAUGUACAAAGGUUUCUUGCCAUGCUCCAUUACACCUGUGUUGAUUCACUUUCUCACUGUGUUUCCUAUGUUUUCUCUGUUAGCUGUCUAAUCCUGUGCCUUGCCUGUGAUAAGUACAAUGAUGAGGUUACUGGUUUGGAUUGUAAGUAGAGGAAUAUCUUGAAGGUUUAGAGGUUCACUGCUGCUUUGUCAAUUUUCUUACUCAGAUUGGCUAUUAAUUUAAGAAAUGUUUUAAAAACCCAGUGGAAUUGCAUUCUCAGAUAGUUUCUUUCUCCUUGUUAAGAGAACAGACAUUCCUGUGCCACAUUAAUGUGAAGUGCUGGAGAAGUCCCACAAGCGCUCUGGAGAGUGCAAAAGAGAAAGAGAGAGCGCGUGCUUUAGACACAGUCUGGAAAAUGACGGCUUUUUUUUUUAGCAUCUUGCACUUUAGGAGACAAAGACCGUCCUGCUGUUGUGUAUGUGUGUGGUGUGACCAAUGGUGUGCCCAGGGCACUCAUCUAAAAAUAACUAGUGGCUAGCGAGUCAAGUCGUGCCGGGCUGCGGAGCACAGUAGUGUUUUUGAAAGCUUUGGCUAUAGAUGCACCGAGCCCCAUCUCCUUUAUUGUCAGUACCCUGCUUCUCCUGUCUGCCUCUUUCUGAUUUUAUGUGAACUGCCUGGUAAUAUCACUAUUUAAAUAGUUUUUUAAAACUAAGUUUUUUAAAAACUAUUUAAAAAAUAAAGGAUAUUUUGUUCUGUUGACAGUGGUGGCUUGAUAAUCCUUAAGUUGAAAAAACAAUUUCAUUGCUGAAUUGAAUGAAGGAAAAAGGCACUUAAAAUGGCUCCCAAUUUUCUGUCCAGCUGUAUAUAAGUCCAAUGUGUGAAUUAAAAUAGCUGACACAAAGAAGAAUCUCCUGGCAGAGAAGCCAAUGUGUACAAAAUUGUUGGGGAGAAAACCUUUUUUGGGGGGUGGGGGGGUACGUGGAUUUACAAGUCACGACUGGAUUGAACUGGCCUUUUUAUCUUUUCACUGUAUCAUGUAAGUAGCUGCUUUCUUGUCCUGCCUAUCCUUCAGACACCCAAGCGCAUUCUGAAGAUAAGUUAGAAAAAAAAUCUUCAAGCUAAUAGAAGUUGAUCCUGACACUGACAUGAAGGCAAGCAUUGAUUUCCUAAGAACGAUGGCGAGGUUAUAAUUGGAGAAAACAGUUCCCCAGACUGAAGAUAUUGACACCAUUUUUAAAAAAUCAGUAAAGGAAUGUAUAUAAUAUUGCUCUGUGUUUUACAGUAAGAUUUGUUGCGCUCAGACUGUGUAAAACAAAAUUUAUUCAUGUUUUCUGCAUAUUAAAAAUCUUAUUGUACCAAUUGGUAAACUAUUAAAUGCAUAUAAAACUA